AUGGAUCUGUACACCAAGUUUGUCAAUCUCUAUCCAUUAAAAGAUCAGACAGCUGACUCAGUGGCAGGUUGCAUCUUUGACCACUACAUUCCACAGCAUGGUGUCCCUGAGGCCCUACACUCGGAUCAGGGCAGACAAUUUGAAUCUGACCUCAUAAAGCACCUUUGUAACUUGUUGUCAAUCAAGAAGCUCCGUACGUCCCCUUAUCAUGCUCAGUGUGAUGGAGCUGUUGAGCACUUUAAUCGCAAUCUAAAAGAUGAACUUUCCAAACAUCUUUUUGACUCUGGUACGGAGUGGGAUGAGCACCUCCCGCAGGUUGCAUUGGCUUAUAACACCACUACGCACACUAGCACAGGACUGACACCAUUCUUUCUGGCUCAUGGCCGGGAAGCCCGCGUUCCCUUAGACACACUACUUCAGGACAAUAAUGCUUCCAGUUCAGCAACAGCGGGCACACCAGCAGCAUAUGCUAACACAUUGCGCAAGAGACUGGCCUGUGCUUAUCGUUCUGCAACUGCUUUUCGAGACAAGGCUCAAGACCAACAACGCCUGAACUAUGAUCGUCAUUUGAAAUACACUCCGUAUAACAGUGGUGACUUGGUUUUAGUGGAUGAUCCUGCCCACCGCCACAACAAACUGUAUCCACGUUGGGUGGGCCCAUAUGAGGUUUUGCAACCAAUAUGCCCCUUUGGUAGUUCCACCCCUGUUAAUUUUGAAGUUCGGGAUGUAUCUAGACCUCAUGCGAAAGCAAAGGUCAUUCAUUACAAUCGCAUGAAACCGUACAUCACUGACCCGAGGAACACCCAUACCCUUACCUCCCCUUCCUCCCCUGUCCAGCCGAACACUCUGAACACUUUGUCUGGACUCCUCCCACCCCACAUUACACCUGUGCCACCGGGACUCCCCACACCUCAGGUUCCGUUAGGACCACCACCGUUGCCUCAGUUACAUCCUCACCCCCAAUUGCAACCACCUGGAAUCCUACAAUCUUCCAGCCCUAUGGAAAAUGUGCAGGGCCCGGACUCUGGACUGUUGCUUCCAACAUUGGGCGCACCUGAAGCUGGACUGUCUACAGGUGUUUCUGAAUCACCUGAUACUCCAGUACCCUGCCAUGUACCCUGCCCUCUUCAUACAGGCUGUCAUGAUGUCAUCUCAGAAGGCCCCUCAGGACAGACAUGGACAGGAAGACAGGACGGGGACCUCCAGAGCGGAACAGACAGAACGAGCCAAGGCAGAGCUGGAAGCUCUGGAGGCCACGGCAGGUGGUCUUCGUGGCCGUGGCCCCCUCCCUCGGCCCGGCCACUACAGCCGGAACCUUUCUACCCCCCCCAAAAAAAAUUCCAUGGGGCAGCUAGGGGGUAUCAGGAGCACUCCGGGGCCAAACAGACAGGACAGGACAGCCCACCAGGGCUCAACACACAGAACAAGACAGCCCACAGGAACAGGAAGCCCUCCUGGGCUAGCUUGGAAGCUGAGGCUUCUUCUGGGCAUGACAAGGAGUCAGGGGCCCUCACAGGAUUUCAAAAAAUUUCCACGCCCCGGCUCUUAAUGCUUUGUGUUUCCUUCUUAAGCAUCAGAAAAUGUUUUCAUCUUUUUGUAAUAGCUGUGUAUGAGUCCCUCAGUUGUCCUCAGUGUGAAAAGAUGGAUCUCAAAAUCAUACAGUCACUGCUGGAAAGAGCUCACAUAUGCAGAAGAUGCUGGAAAACAAAGACUGUGCAGGAGCUUGAGGAUUUUUCUGAAGAACAGCAGGCAGUUGAACUGCUCAAGACAAAAAAGGGACUGAUGAACAACUAUCACAAAACAUAAAAACAGAUGUGGAUCACUCAGGAAACAACACAGUAUUAAGAUUCAAGGGUAUGUAAACUUUUGAACAGGGUCAUUUUUAUAAAUUCAGUUGUCAUUUUGUCUUGAGUAUAAACUUCUGUUAUGUGAAAUAGUUUAUUCAGGACAGUACUAAAUACAAAAUAACAUGCAAUUUUCAUGAUCCCUCGUAUUUUGUUAAAAUUCUGAACAUUUUGCAUAUUUUGCAAGUGGUAUGUAAACUUAUGAGCACCAUUGUAUAUGUGUAUAAACACACACACACACACACUAAAUAUAUAAUUACUAUAAAUUGUGUUCUUCUUACUGUUUCCAUUAUUUGGACACAUUUUGAUGCUUUACUGUGGAAAUUGUCAUGGCAAUAAAGCCAAUUUGAACUGAAUUGAAUUAACUGAGCUCCAAUCUUCACCACCCUUGCGUGACCAUAUUUA